AUAUAUAUAUAUAUAUAUAUAUAUGUAUAUAUUGUUACCAACCCAAAGGAAAGGAAAGGAAAGGAAGCAAGAAAUCAAAGUGGUGGGUUAGUCGUCAAACAUCAUCAGAGAUACUGAAUCAUAUUUAUAACAGUUUUUUGCUGCACUUCCGGCCUUAUCAUUACCGUAGUCGGAAGAUCGACCGCCGGAGAAGUACUACUUGUCAUUCCCAAUUGAUUGAUUGAUUGAUUUGAUUAAAAUGGUACUGCUGGGACUCAGUAGAAGGAAGAAGGAAGAGAAAGUGGAUGAAGUCCAUAAAGAUGUUUUUGAGCAUCAGAAGAAGAAAUCAGGAGAAGAGGGAAAUCAUGGUGAUGAUCAUCCUAGAUGGCCUCGAGGCAAGAAGAGAUCGUCAUCGCCGUCGUCAUCUUCAUCGGCCGGCGGAGGAUUGGUGAGACUUGGUAAAUACGAGAUUGGAAGGACUUUAGGAGAAGGCAACUUUGGGAAAGUCAAGUAUGCCCGGAAUCUGGAUUCCGGCCACCCUUUCGCCAUCAAGAUACUGGAGAAGCACCGGAUUGUUGACCUUAAUAUCACCGAUCAGAUAAAGAGGGAGAUUGGGACCUUAAAACUCCUCAAACACCCCAAUGUUGUGAGGCUACACGAGGUUUUGGCAAGUAAAUCCAAGAUUUACAUGGUUCUUGAGUACGUUGAUGGUGGUGAAUUGUUCGAAAGAAUAGCAUCCAAGGGAAAACUCUCUGAAGCUCAAGGCAGGAGGAUCUUCCAACAGUUGAUAGAUGGUGUCAGUUACUGCCACAACAAAGGCGUUUUCCACAGAGAUCUCAAGCUUGAGAACGUGCUCGUUGAUGCCAGAGGAAAUGUCAAGAUAACGGAUUUUGGUCUCAGCGCUUUGCCUCAACAUCUUAGGGGUGAUGGAUUAUUGCAUACAACAUGUGGAAGUCCCAACUACGUGGCACCUGAAAUUUUAUCCAACAGAGGUUACGAUGGUGCCACAUCAGACAUCUGGUCUUGUGGUGUCAUCUUGUAUGUAAUCCUCACAGGAUAUCUGCCCUUUGACGACAGAAAUCUUGCAGUAUUAUAUCAGAAGAUUUUCAAGGGUGAUGCUCAAAUACCCAAAUGGCUGUCCCCUGGAGCUUCAAACUUGAUUAGGAGAAUACUUGAUCCCAAUCCACGCACUCGCGUGAAAAUGGCGGAUAUCAAAGUGGAUGAUUGGUUCAAGCAAGACUACUCUCCUGCCCUUCCUGAUGAUGACGAUGACGAUGACAAUGACAAUGAUAUAGGAAACAUUUACUUAGAUGAUGCGGUGUUAUCAGUUCGUGAAGCUCUUUCAGAAGCAGAAAGAGAUCCUGCAGAACCACAUGAUUACAUGAUAAAUGCCUUUGAGCUGAUUGGAAUGUCUUCCUGUCUAGAUCUUUCUGGCUUCUUCGAGACAGAGGAUGUAUCUGAGAGGAAAAUAAGGUUUGCUUCUACUUACUCUUCCAAAGAAUUGCUUGACAGGAUUGAAGACAUAGUUAUUAAGUUGGGUUUUCAAGUGCAAAAAAAGAACGGAAAGGUUAGUUACUCAGAUUCCAAAUGUGUAGAACUUUUGAUGGAGAUUAGAUGAGCAAAACAAUCAGCAAUACGAUCUGAUUACUAACGAGUUAUGUUGUUGGCUUGUUCAGCUUAAAGUGAUGCAAGGGGACAACGGUCUGAAAAGCAUCGGUAGUCUCUCACUGGCAGCAGAAGUAAGUAAAUUUUUAGGCAGCAGUUGAUGUCAUCUGUAAUCUUCAUCAUACACAUAACCGAACCUUCAAAUUGUCACAGGUUUUCGAGAUAAGCCCAUCCUUGCAUGGUGUUGAGUUACGGAAAUCAUGUGGAGAUCCAGCAAUGUAUAGACAGGUAAAUCUAUCAAAGCAAAAGCAGCAAGCUUUUUUAUCCCUCUCUUCCUUGAAAAUCUGUUCUCCACAACUCUCCGUAGCACUUCGAAUUUGAACAAUUCUUAUGCGGGAGUGUAGUAUAAAACCUGGACUUACACUCUUUGUAGGAUACAUAUCCUGACGUCUGGUUUGUGCUCAUUUUGCAGUUAUGCGAAAAGCUGUCGAAUGAUUUGGGUGCAUCAUCAAGUCAAGAAUGCUUAUCUGCUGAAUUAUAGCCCACAAUCGGGUAAUUAGUUGUAUAAAUAGGCAAUACUACAUAGGAUAAGCAAGCAUACACAGAGAGAAGUUACUAGUAGCUACAAAAAUGCCAGGAGAUGCACCCUACCACAACGUAGUCAAGCUGGUGGUGGCAAAGAUUCUUGUUCUAUCACUUCUUUGUCAGCAGCGCCUCUUGUAUCUUCUUCAAAGCCAUAAUGUAUAUAAUAUAAGAGUGAACUGCCAAAAUGAUCACUAUAUUAUGGUAAAGUCCCGCUUUGGUCACUUAAAAAAAUAAAAUCCAAAACAGGUCACUUCCAAAUAAAAAUAUAUUAAUAAAGUAUUUUGUGAUCUAAAAUAAAUAUUUUAUUCUUAUGUGGAUGUUACCUUUAUUUAAGUAUUUUUAAUCUCUAG